AUGUCGUAUGCCGUGGAGACCAAGAAGCGCAAAUUCCAUCGGGUGCUGGAGUCAUUGACCAAGCCCUUGACUCCUGAAUCUUCACCCAAGGGAGCGCCGACGACCACUAGAGAUUCGACCUCCGCGGACUUGUCAUCCAAGAAAGCUCGAGUGAACGGCCGCGAUGAUGGUACCGAGCUUGCAUCGGUGCGGAGAACGAUUUCGAAGGUCUCUCGACCAGCGUCGCGUGAAUCGACGACUUCACGACCGAGCUUUGUCCCAUGGGAUCGCGAACGGUUUCUCGAGCGAUUAGAGACGUUUCGUCGAGUGGAUCGCUGGUCCCCGAAGCCCUCGGAUAUCAGUGAAGUGCAAUGGGCGAAGCGUGGGUGGAUAUGUACCGAUGUCUCGCGAGUCACUUGCGUCGGGGGCUGUGGCGGCUCGGUUGUUGUCAGGUUGCCUGAUGAGUUGGAUGAACUGGACGGAUAUGAUAGCGAGAAGGUACAGGAGAGAAAGCAAGUUCGCAACAAGCUGAUAGACGAGUACGUUAGUCUUAUUGUCCAGGGACACUCGGAAAGCUGCCCGUGGAGGAACAAGGGCUGCGAUGCUACAAUCCACCGUCUGCCUCUAGCUAAUCCCGACACAGCAAUAUCUGGCCUUCGAGCGCGAUACUCUCAUCUCGUCAAAAUGGCCAAUGAAUUACCAUCCUACGACAUUAUCCGCACACCCAAGUCCUUUGCUCUGGAGGAUAUUAUGAAGGCGCUACCAAGUGCGGGAAUGGAAGACCCCAAAACAGAGCCGGACGCCACUGGACCACAGACUCCUCGACCAGUAGAUAAAAACACGGAAACACCUGGGUCUGGGAUUCAGAAGGAGACGUCAAUUAAUCGCACAGCAUUUGUUCUGGCCUUCUUUGGCUGGAACAACGUCUCGGAUGGAGCAGUGGGGCUUGCAGAAUGCAAUGCCUGUUUUCGACGAUUAGGACUGUGGAUGUACAGACCCAAAGAGAACGGCGAUGAAGCCAUAUAUGAGACGCUCGAUGCGGAAACUGAACACAUGGAAUACUGUCCCUGGAUCAACAGGGUCUCUCAGAGUGGUAUAGGAAGGCAGUCUCAAAAAUCGCAGGAAUUGCGCAGUGGAUGGGAACUUUUGGCUCAAUCACUCAAGACAAAGCAUCGUCGUCGCAUUCGAUCCACCGCUUCUAUGGAUAGUCUUGCUGUCUCGGAAACCGCCUCUGUAGAUGGCUCUGCGGUGGACGAGGCAAAUUUGGAGGCUAAAAAGGAGUCGGAUCGUGAAUGGUGGGCCAAACUUCGGAGGAUGAGACAGGUGCUGAAUGUCAAGUCGCCAAAAAGGAAAUCGAUUGCGCCAUGA